UGGUGCAGAAAGUCCCUGGAGGAAGUACACUGAGUGGAUUCAGCAGGAGCUACAGCGACUACAGCUUCAGAAAAGGGCGUACCUUUUGGAGAAAGGUGCAGAAAAGAGGAAAUUAAAGGACCAAAUAACAAAGGCUUGUGAUAGUCACUGAAGCAAACACAAGGAAAAGGAACUUAAGAAAAUAAGAAGGGAGAAAAACCUUUAUCUUGUCUUGAAACAAAGGGAGAGAAAAUAUAAAAAAGGACUGCGUGGUUGCACCAUGGCAUCUUUUGGACUUGAGCUGGCCGGCAUCACCCUGGCAGUGUUGGGGUGGGCUCUCACUGUGACCAGCUGUGCCCUUCCAAUGUGGAGGGUCUCGGCCUUUAUUGGCGCCAACAUCGUCACUUCUCAGGUGUACUGGGAGGGUCUUUGGAUGAGUUGUGUGGUCCAGAGCACGGGCCAGAUGCAAUGUAAAAUCUACGACUCGAUGCUGGCUUUACCUCAGGACCUCCAGGCUGCCAGGGCACUCACAGUUGUUGCCAUUCUAUUAGCCAUGCUGGGUAUCAUGAUCUCCAUAGUCGGCGCCAAGUGCACCAACUGCAUUGAAGAGGAAGGAAGCAAAGCCAAAGUGAUGAUCAUUGCAGGAGUCUUCUUCAUCCUCAGUGGCCUCUUGGUUCUCAUCCCUGUUUCUUGGACUGCCCAAGUUAUCAUCACUGAUUUUUACAACCCUCUUGUGAUCAGCGCUCAAAGGAGGGAGAUAGGGGCGUCGCUCUACAUAGGCUGGGCUGCAGCCGGAGUGUUCCUGAUCGGAGGGGCGAUGUUGUGCACUAGCUGCCCACCGAAAGAAAAGAAAUAUCUGCCACCCAGGAUGGGGUACUCGGCCCCACGCAGCAUUAGUGCAGGUGCAGGAUAUGACAAGAAAGACUACGUCUGAAUUAAUUUCAUCUUGCUGAAGGAUGAAAGAAAAAUGAUUUUUGUGUGUGAGUUUUUGUCUGUAUGCGUGUUACUUUUUUUUUACCGGAAACCACAGCGUGAAUCCGGCUGAAAGACUCCGAGAUGAAGAUGCUGUACAAAUAUUAAUCUUUUGCUUUGCUUUUAGCACAUAAAGGAUGUGAUAUGUUUAUUCACAUCCUUUUGUUUUGCUUAAAAAAAUAGACUUAGAUUUUUCAGUGCUUGAACAUGGGAGCUUAAACAAAUAACUUUAUUCUUUUAAGAUUUUUACUGGGAAAAUAUUUAUACUAAAUUCUUGGCAUUAUGUGAAUCUGAAAACACCUGUGUGUCGUCCUCUUAUUAGCUCUUGGCUGGUUGCGUGGUGUUGUGUUUCACUGAAACCUGCUGUUAAAAUGUGGUCUGUCAUUUCACUGACAAUGACCAGGAAGAGUCAGCUCUCAUUUUACAUGCAUUUGGUUGGUGUGAUUGUUCAGUGUGUUCGUGUGUGCGUGUGUUUUGCAUGACCUGUAAUAUUUGCUUAAGAGAGUUUCUGCUGAGACUGAAACUACAGAUAGAUCCAAUACUGCCCCAGGUGAAACUUUGUCUUCCUUUUCACAGUUUCACUGUGUGUGCAAAUAGAAAAGAGUUUUUCAUGUGAGGAUAACUUUAUUUCAAAUGUCUGUAUAGUCAUGUGUUUAAAAUGUAUUUCAAAAUGUUAAAAUAUUCAAAUAUGUUCUACACUAUGCUCCUUUCUUUUAUUUUUUUAUUUUCUGGAAGUUGAUAAUGAGCGUUUGUCACAAAUUUUUCUCAAUGAUUUUUUUAAGUUUUUGAAUAGAUUAAAACCCAUGUUUGGUCCAUUUUUUGUUAAGCAUAUAACCAAGGACCUCUUUAGUGUAUAUUUAUGUGUGCAUGAUGCUCCAAGGAUCCCAUGUCUAGACCCUUUUAAAAAGUAUGUAACCAAGAUCCUCUUAGUAUAUUUAUGUUUGUAACACCACAGCAGUUUGCAAAGUACAUAUGUGUUUGUAUUUCACAGA